GACCGCACGCCGUUCGAAGAAGCUCCCCAGCGUACACAAGGUUGAUAAUCAACGCAUUCGUCCGUGUUGCGGCAUAAAAAUAGCGCUCAUCGCAAUAGUGUGCGUGUCUAUUGCCGAACAGUGGGAGAGCGCUCUGCGGGCUUUACACGGCGCACUCGAAACUGCGCCGCUGUCGGCAGAGUUGGGCGAGCAAGCAAGCAGGACGAACCUAGGGCCCCUAGCGCAGCACAGCGUCGUGUAUUCUCGUCAGAUUGUGCGGAUCGAAAAAGAACGCAUUUAACGCGUACCGCGCGCGCGACGUAACGUGCAAUGGCGUCACGUUCGUAGUCACUCGUCUCCUCGGCUGAGGUCUCACCUUUCCAGAAGCCACACGACGCGUAAUCGCUUCCUCGUUCGCAGUGAAUCAGCAGACACAGACAUCAGUGCUCGAACAAAGGACAAAGAAAUAUCUUGCAUCGCGAACAACCACACAGGAUAAUAUUUCGUGUUUGUUUGCUGUGUGUUGAUUCAAAAACAAAAGACACUCACGGAUUACACCACUCUGAAGAUGGCGUCGAGAGGCAACAGUAGUGCGCUGCGUGCGCUCGCCGUUGAGUAUAAAUCACUGCAAGAGGAACCCGUCGAAGGUUUCUGCGUGAAACUCGUGAAUGAUGAGAACCUCUUCGAGUGGGAAGUCGCUAUCUUCGGCCCUCCGGACACACUUUACAUGGGUGGCUGCUUCAAGGCUCGCAUGAAAUUCCCACAGGAUUAUCCCUACUCGCCGCCGACGAUUCGAUUCCUCACCAAAGUCUGGCAUCCGAACGUCUAUGAGAAUGGCGACUUGUGUAUCAGCAUUCUCCAUCCGCCCGUCGACGAUCCCCAAAGCGGCGAACUGCCCUGCGAGCGAUGGAAUCCCACGCAGAACGUGCGCACCAUCCUGCUCAGCGUCAUCUCGCUGCUCAAUGAGCCGAACACCUUCUCACCGGCGAACGUUGAUGCCUCCGUCAUGUAUCGCCGCUGGCGGGAGUCGAAGGGCAGCGAUAAGGAAUAUGAAAACAUUAUUAGGAAACAAGCAACUGCCGCACGAGCCGAAGCCGAGCGAGAUGGUAUACAAGUCCCGCUGACACUUGAAGACUACUGUAUCAAGACGCAGGUGAAGCCAAACACGUCCGAUUCACAAGUUGAAAUGACAGAUUUUUAUGACGACGACUACGAUGAGGAAUACGAUGACCCAUCGGACGGGUCCGACUACGAAGAAGAUGACAACGACAGCGGUAACGGCGAGUCAUGAUCGAGCUAAGACGCCUUUUUGUCGCCAUCGUCACCGCCACACUCACAUGAGACCAGUUGUUGCCACGUUACUUCUUCUGACGUUUUGAUUUUCUUCAAUUUUUCUGUGUUUUGUUUAUUUCUUCUUUGACUUUGAAACUGAUGCAAAUUUCGAUUUACAAAAUGGCCGGCGGUGGUCGUGGCUGUCGUUCUUUAAGUUUCGAUCGUGUGACGCUACGGAUGAGGAAAUCUUUACUGAAAACAAUUCGUAUAAACACUGUGAUUAUAUAUAUUCUAUCUUAACUAAUUAAUCUGUAUCUAGCACAUAUGGAUGCGCGACUACAACCGAAAAACAAACCAAAAAUAUUUUUCUCACUCUCCUGGACGAACUCUGAGAAGUGUUUCAUUUGCGCGCAGCUUGUUUCAUGAGUUUUGAUGAGGAUAAAAAUAGCAAUCGCGAAACGCUUCACUCUUUUUGGAUUUUUUUUUUUUAAUGUCGACAGACACACUUGUACAUAGUUAACCCCUGUAACGAUAGUUUCCUUAUUUAAUUAAUUGAUUACAUGUGUGCGUACCGCUGCUCUAGGUCGCUAUUUGACGAUUCGUAUUACUUACAAUUUGUAUGCCCAGCUGCGUACGUGUGUUGUGUUUUGGAUGUGAUCGGUUCUUAAUCGAUGUUGCCUGCCACAACUGGCCGGCCGCGAUGCAUAUUCGAUAAUCGAUAAACGUGUUGAUUACACUCUAGGUGCAGAACUGUAGUGAUACAUUGCGAAUUGACAUUUGCGGACGUGGACGUCGAGCAAAACUGGUGCAAACAAUUUAAGCGUUGUGUGGAGAAAUAAAAUUAUAUUAAAAAUUACAGACAAAUACAGAUAAUUUUAAGUAGUA